GAACGUGGCCGCCUAGAAUUGGAUCUCCUGGAGCCUUCUUGUAUCGCGGUUGCCUUUGAGGUGGGCUGGAUAGCGGGGUGUUGGGGUAGAAGUGUGAUUGGUUCGUCCUGCAGCUGCCCGUCCGGUCACCCAGAAGGAGGCCGAUUACCCAAUUCGGUAGUCGGCCACUCCAAGCCACACAAUUCCCUGUUGAAGCAUUCUGGGAGUAAAUGUGACGCGUACACACUGUCGAUAUCCUCUUGA